AUGACUUUGGAGACGCAGCGCUUGUUGGCUGAGCCUGUGCCUGGAAUCAGAGCGGAGCCUGAUGAAGGAAACGCUCGAUAUUUCUACGUGGUGAUCGCUGGGCCGCAGGAUUCGCCCUUUGAGGGCGGGACGUUCAAACUGGAGCUGUUCCUCCCAGAGGAGUAUCCCAUGGCUGCUCCCAAGGUCCGAUUCAUGACCAAAAUCUACCAUCCCAAUGUGGACAAGCUGGGCAGGAUCUGUCUGGACAUCCUGAAAGAUAAAUGGUCUCCAGCUCUUCAGAUCCGUACAGUGCUGCUCUCUAUCCAGGCUCUACUAAGCGCUCCGAACCCUGAUGAUCCGCUGGCUAAUGAUGUCGCUGAACAGUGGAAGAGCAACGAGGCUCAAGCCAUUGAAACAGCCCGAACAUGGACCAGGCUUUAUGCCGGCAACAACAUUGAAGUUUAGAAGAAGGAAACGGUGGCAUCAAGUGAGAGAAGUGGAACAAUCUCCUCCUGUCUUCUUUCGCAUUCAAAGGACACUUUCUCAGACAAAUUAAAACUAAGCGAAAAAAAACAAAACAAAAACACAUGAUUCAAAAGCAACUACUGCAGGCCUUUGGGUGAGUGUCGGUGUGUUCCUGGUCAGAACUAAUGUUCGCUCCACUAUAUGAUCUCUCUGCUUCUGGUGAUGGCCUGGGGUUUCCCAGCAUCCCUUGCGUGGUCACUACACUGGACCCUGUCAGAAUGUGUAGUACAGUCUCUAUUACAGUCAUUAGCGCAGUGGAUUUCACUGGAAACUGAGUGUAGGCUCCAGGCCCUGCAUCCAGGUGGAUGGUUCAUUUUUGUUAGUUAAUUUUUCUGUUACGGGGUGUAGAGGGAGGGCCUGUUAAACGUGGGAUGCAUAUAUGCUGCUUCUCGGUCAGGGACAAAAUGAUGUGAACUUUUUUUUUUUUUUUUACUAUUUCCUUUCUGUGAAACUCUUCAGUUCAUUAAACGCCUGUUGUGAACCCGUCUAUAUCAUUGCCAGAACCUGCUCUGACGUUGUUGUAUUCCAAGCGAAACUUGUGUGAGUGUGGGUGUAAAGGUUUGUGUUUCGGCUGAAGUGGAAUCUGUAUGACUUGUCUGGGAAAAUUAAAUCUGUAAAUGUUCAGUUUUAGUAAAAAUAUUUUUUGUUAUGUUA